AUGGUGGCGAGUAGCGGCGAAGAUGCUGGGAUGACCAUGGAACAGAUGAUUGCCAUGAAGGAGGGCCUUGAAGCGCAGAUCAAGGCCAUGAGCAAGCCUGCGAAAGUGAAUGCCGGCAAGUUCAGCAGCAGAACGAUGGCCAGAAGUGGCAUCGAGGAGGAAGAGCCUCCGCCGCGACGGCUCAAUGUGGGGCAGAUGUACCGGGUCAUCGCCAAGUUCGUAGCAGUCCGGUCGUCGCCCUCCAUCGAGGCCCCUUUCCUGCGGCGCCUCAACAACGGGGCGAAGGUGGAGAUGUUCGAGUGGGACAGCAGCAGAAGCUGGCGAAGAGUCUCCGUGGAGUCUGGGCGAUGGGUCCGACGAGAUGUGACGAAGCUGAGGGAUCUUGUUGGAGGGAAAUCUAAAAAGGUCUCCGAGAGGGAAGUCUAUAUAUACUGUAUAUUACAUACACACUAUUGUAUACAUGGUUUUGGGGGGAUCUUGGGCACUAUGAUGAGGUGCAAAAGCUUGGUUGCACAUGUGGAGGUUGUGAGGUGA